CUCGUGCUGCCCGAAGAGCAGCAGCUUUGUGCGACACCGCGCGUGUGACCGAGGAUCAGACCGACGGACCGGCAGGACGCUGAGGAGCCGACUGACGGGCGGAUCGGAAGCCGAGCUGUUGAGGUGAUCCGCUGGUUUUGUGAACACUUUGGGGCGCGUUGGAUAGUUCAGAUUCAGGGCCGGUAAAAACACCGGAUCGGUCUUUCUGCGAGUCGUUCGGAAGGAUCGGUUUGUGCGCCGACCAUCUGCUCUUUUAAGUUGGAUUUGGUGCGCGUGCGGACUUUGGAGCUCCAGCGGAGACUUUUCAUCUUGAGGAAUAUUUAACCAUGAACUUUGCUGUCACUCUGACUUGGAUGCUUUUGGCAGUGGUUCUUCAGUUAUCCACUGUAAAGACUGCCAGCAUAUACAAGGGAGGAGACAAGGCACAGAAUGAUGUCAUCCCCUUUCUGGAUGUAUACAACAAGAGUUGCUGUCAAGUGAGGGAGGUGCUGGUGGACAUCUAUCACGAGUAUCCCGAGAACACGGAGCGCACGUACAUCCCAGCCUGCGUGGUCCUCGAGCGCUGUGGAGGCUACUGCGGUGAUGACGCUUUGGAAUGUGUUGCCAAGGAAAUGCACAACGUCACAUUGGCAGUCAUGCUGCAUAAAGCACAGUUUGGUCAGCACAUGGCCCACCUCAGCUUCACAGAGCAUCGAGCGUGUCAUUGCAGAGCCCGAAGCCAGAGUCCGAUGCCAGAGGCUAAAGCAAAGAAAGAAUAAUGUGACAAACCGCGGUGAUGACCCCAGGAGUGGAGCCGACACUGAUGAAGGAAUUAUUUUGUAGGCACAGCACUUUGAGGUCUGAAGACGCAUUCCCUGUGAGAACAUGGAAGGACAAAGACAGGACCGUCUAACGGUCUGCUUUCUGACGACACAAAGACAAUGGAUUCUGCUGCUAGAAAAUUAUGUUAUUUAAAGCUGAACGACUGCACCUGUGGUGCAUGAAGAGCAAACAUUUAAUUAGCUGUCUGGUCAUGGGGGGGAGCCGCCACAAAGGCUAGUGAGCUGUGGACAAGAAUAUUUUAAAUGUUUCCAAGUACAUGCGGAAGGUAUUGUGACCAGAGUGUGUGAACUGUGACAGACGUGGAGGAGGUCUCUGUGCUUAAACUGGCAGCUCCCACACACAGUGAAUUUUCCUCUCCACUGUAGUGAUGUCCACCAGUUUCUGAUGUAAGAGUCCAGCCAUGUGGCUGGGUAAUGUGAAUUCGCCGUCCUCUUCCAGUGACCAGACCUCACCGGAAGAGUCCACUUCAUCUUAGCCCCUGCUGUUGGACCGUCCUUCAGUAAUAAGUGAUGGACAGUGAUAAUUACUGUCCACCACCACUCCGUGCGAGACACACUGUGAAAAGUGGACUGAGGAGGUGGAGACUUGAAGAAAUGGGAUGCGGUCAUUGUGCUCGACCAUGUGGGUGUUUUUUUUUGUUUGUUUGUUUUUUUUUACUGCUGUGGUGUUUCAUGCUGGGGAAAAGGACUUGUCUGAGUUUUUGCUGUAUUGUGAGUUAAACGUGUCACUGUACGAGUCCACAGCCUUUCGCCUUAUUUAAUGUGUUCCAAAGAAAACACGCCCACAUCAGUGUGUCUGCAGAUGUUUCUCAGAUACUAUUUAUUAUUUAUGGAAUAUUCUCAGUCUUUAAGUUCCCUUUCUAUCUAUUUGGUGCAGUGUUAGGUUUGUUUAUGUGGGUGCAGAAAACCCGUCUGUUUGAGCAGGACUUUGACAUUCCUGGAUGGACCUCAGGGGGAUCGGGGUGGGCCUGUCCACUGCUCACAAACCUCAGCCUCCAACUUGAUGCACCAACAUAGGUCAUUCUCAUUUUGGGUUGGAGCAGUAGCCAUGUGGUUUUGCACUUGAGGCCCUAAGACAUGUCCUGAGAAGAGCUGAAGGACUUUCCUUGUCAGCACUUGGCUCGGGUCUCGUUUAGUCAGAGCUGUCUGAUCGGACUUGGGCUUCUAGUCUGAGGAAAGUCAAAUGACAGAGUUUUCUCAUUUUUUCUUUUUCUUUUUGUUCCAGCUGAAACAUCCUCAUUCUGACUGAAUGUAGAACAACAGUGCCUAUCCUUCUAAGCCAGAGGUCUCAAACUGAUCCCAGAAAGGGCCAAGAGGGUGCAGGCUUUCUUUGCACUCCACCACUUCACUGAUUUACUGAUUCCACCUGUUCAAAGUGAUGUUGAUCAGUGGAAUCACCUGGUGGAGUGGGUGGUUGCAAAGAAAGCCUGCACCCUCUUGGCCCUUUCUGGGAUCAGUUUGAGACUUCUGUUUUAAAAUGACCCACAGCUUCUCAGUGCACUGGCAAAGAAACAUGAUCAUUAUGAUGACUGACAUCUGUUAAAAUGUUCAAUAUUUCUCUGUCCACCCUGGUUUUGAUGUGGGCUUUCUCAAAAUUCUGUUUGCAGGUGGUCCAGUAAUUUGUCAGCUGAACCCCAAACAAAGGCUGUGAGGAACAGUCAGAAGUCCACCUGCUACAGCUGACAUCUAGUCCAACUAAAAACUGUUCUCGUUGAGCCAGAAUAAGGUCACUUUGCAGAGCGUGUUAAGUCCAAAUAAACAGUCAUUGUGGUGAGACUCUAAUGAGCCAGUUGUUGAUUGCUCAGAAUAAUGAAAGAUGACAGACUGAUGAUGAUCAUAAAUGUUACUCCAGUCACUGGUUUUAUUAUCCAGCUGCUGUUUGUCUUCAUAAAUGCUGGAAUCUCAGACUAGAGGCCUCAGACACGCUUCAGGUGGUAUUGGUCCUUCUGAAGGACGAACCUCAUGACAACAUUCUAUUUUCUAUUUAACUGAUAUCAAGGAUUGUUGAUGUACAGCAAUGUUUUGUACAUUUCCACGUUAAUAUAUUUAUUGGUACUGUAAAAAAUGUUUUACUGUUAUUGGUGUCUUUUGUGUAAUUUGGUUGAUUGUAACUAUUAAAACAUAUUUAUUUUGAAAAGCA